AUGUUCAAGCGAAUCUUCGGCGAGCACGGCGCAAAGAAUGUCGUGACCCUCUUCCACAAGCCCUCCAGCCAGGCCUCUCUACGUGCGCACACCAUCCUCAAGCAGGCGAAUGCUCAGUCCGUUGCAACCGCCACCGAAGACCAAGCUAGCCCCCACGAUGCGCAGAACAAGGCAGAGAGAACCGAAUUCGAGCUCGAUGUCACAGAGGCACCUCCUACAGCAGAUCAGCUAAAGAACAUCCUGGAAUACCUGGGUGGGCCCAGCGCUGUCGGAAGGGUCAUCCAGGGAGCAAAAGAUGAGACAGAUGCGCUGAGGCGGUUGAAGGCUGACGGAGAUGCGUUCCAGAGACCGCUGGUUGUAGACUGGAAUCAGGGCAAGGCCGUUGCUGGCGAUAACGAGUCAGAGAUUCUCACCUUGCUGAAGAAUAUCUCGGCCGAGAAGAAGUAG